CUAAAACUGCUUACCCAACACAAAUAAUGACUUUCAUACUAGAAAACCUGGUUAAUAUAGCAUGCGCUCACUAAAAAGAUUAAGAGAAGACUGUUAAGAAGUGCAGUUACUAAACAUCGCCUUUUCGUACAACUACUAAAAUAUUUCACAGUGUACUUUCAUCAAACAAUGUCGCUCUUCGUGCACGUGAAAGGCGCACCCUAUGCACCGCCACCAACAUAUAAUACAUUCCAGUACACAAAGGUAAGGUAACGCACGAGAGCACAGCAAGCGCAUGAUCCACCACCGGAGCACAGACAAAGACACAGAGGGCUGCUGGUACGCGCUAUACUUGAAGGCGCUGAAGACGCACGUCUGGCGCUCGCACACCAACCGAACCGAUCGUGUACGAAACGAGCGCAAUGCCGACUACAGACAAUACGAAUCAGAGCUAACGGCCAACAGUGAAGGAACGCAAAUGACGAGGGAGCGACACCAAACAACAACAGGUUGUGGACAUAGAGAAUUAUUAAAAGUGCGAAGCUGGUGUUACUUACUUUAAGGGUGGCAGCAGCCAAGCAGCGCACAUGCGCGCACACUUUACGAGGUGCACAAGUGUGCGGGCCGAGCGCAAGGCUACAAAAGGAUGGCAAUACCUUGCGUUUGCAUCAUUUCUCAAACAGCUACCGUGCGGUAAACACUUGACACAUUCAACAUACUAUAUCGGCUACGACCAAACACACUUGGCGCUGUCGGUGCGAAAAACUUGAAAACUUAUACGUGAAAUAAUCUCAAUGUGAAAACCUGUUCGUUAGUAGUGCUUUGACAAACAUACAAACGUAGUGCGCGUACACUUGUUCUACAACUUUAAGACGCUUAACGCGCACUUGCAAAUCUCCACCAUAAUUACAUACAUACAACAUGGCUGUGGACGGACAACGCUUCAUGACCAAGACACAACACUAUCGUAAGGUCACCAAACCGCUGCUAGAGCGGAAGCGACGCGCGCGCAUGAAUCUCUACUUGGACGAACUGAAGGAUCUCAUUGUGGACACAAUGGAGGCGCAAGGCGAACACAUCGCCAAGCUGGAGAAGGCCGACAUUCUCGAGCUGACCGUUAACUAUUUGCGUACACAUAAACACGAAAUUGCCGCAAGCGUUGCACAGCAUCAUGCGGCCAGCGGUCCAGCUGGACGUGGCAUAAAUGUGGAGAAGUUUCGCGCUGGCUAUACGCAAGCCGCCUACGAAGUGUCGCGCGUAUUCGCCACAGUACCGGGUCUGAAUGCGAAAUUCGGCACAAAACUCAUGAAACAUUUGGGUUAUCAGCUGAAGGAUAUGCAGCAGCCAGCGCCAGUAGCCAACGCUGCCGCUAGUGAGGAGGCGCUCAAUUUAGAGGUGGUCAAACGCGCGGCAUCGGCAUCACCCACCGCUGCUUUGCAUGCUGAUGAACAUAUGAGGCGCGCUUACCAACAACAACAACAUCAACUACAAAUGUGCGAUAAUUUGCAACGCUUGAGGGACUUGCAUGCAGACGAGCAACACGGUGAAUGUCUGUGGCGCCCUUGGUAGUGCCGUCUGCAAUAAUGCGCAACCUGCAACAUGCGGUGCUACCGCGUAUUUUCAAAGAGCUUUCGUUUUUACACACUCACCAGCCAGUGGCUUUAAUAGUUUUAAGUGUUUGUAGUGUUUUAAGUAAUAUGAAAUAAUGUUUGAAUAAUAUCUUACGUAUGUAUACUUAUAUGUAUAUGAAAGUGUGUAUGUGCGCGCAUACAUAUGUGUUGCAUUAGUUUAAUCAAUAUCAGCUUUAUUGUUUUAAGUACAAAUUGUCAGCCUUUUAUAGUUGUAUUAAUGUGAUUUGCCUGUGAUAGCCGCCAACUCCACUCAGUUAGCGAUUGGUCUGUUCGUAAACCGAUCUCCAGAACUCCCCACAUACUUCCAAGUAUAAUAAUGCCUUACUCUUACUAUUUAUAAGUGAUUUGAAGCUUACAUUAUAUACGUGUAUUUUUCUCAUUUAAUUCUAAUCUAAUUACAAAACACUUUUUCGGUUAUCUAUAAGUAUAUUUAGUUAUGUUCAUAUAUAUAUUACAUUAAUCUUAAAUUGCGCUUCCAAACAGCUGUAUAUUUUGCUAAAUUAUUGGUCUAAUUGCUUUAAAUUUAUUUCUAACAAAAAUGCUUUUGUAUUAACUAGAGUUCACUGUAGCUUUAAGUACAUGUUCAAUUUAUCAUUCUAAGCUAAUAAAUUUAAUAUUUACAAAUC